CUGGUUAGGUGCUGUUUUCGCUGGGCUGUGUGCUGUUUUCGCUGGGUUGAGUGCUGUUUUCGCUGGGUUGAGUGCUGUUUUCGCUGGGUUGUGUGCUGUUUUCGCUGGUUAUGUGCUUGCUGUUUUCGCUGGGUUGGGUGCUGUUUUCGCUGGGUUGAGUGCUGUUUUCGAUGGGUUUGGGUGCUGUUUCGCUGGGUUAGGUGCUGUUUUCGCUGGGUUGUGUGCUGUUUUCGCUGGUUAGGUGCUGUUUCGCUGGGUUGUAUGCUGUUUUCGCUGGUUAGGUGCUGUUUUCGCUGGGUUGAGUGCUGUUUUCGCUGGGUUGAGUGCUGUUUUCGCUGGGUUGAGUGCUUGCUGUUUCGCUGGGUUGUGUGCUGUUUUCGCUGGGUUGAGUGCUGUUUUCGCUGGGUUGAGUGCUGUUUUCGCUGGGUUGAGUGCUGUUUUCGCUGGGUUGUGUGCUGUUUUCGCUGGGUUGUAUGCUGUUUUCGCUGGUUAGGUGCUUGCUGUUUUCGCUGGGUUGAGUGCUGUUUUCGCUGGUUAGGUGCUGUUUCGCUUGGUUGUAUGCUGUUUUCGCUGGUUAGGUGCUGUUUUCGCUGGGUUGAGUGCUGUUUUCGCUGGGUUGUAUGCUGUUUU